GUUGGCGGUUGGAAAGCUAAGCUUCAUGUGGUUCUGAAGACGCUGCGCUGGCUGGCUGGGAUUGUUUCAACACAACGCAGCAGCAGUGAGUGGAAGACGCAGAACAGCUUAAAUUUGCCGCGGUGAUUUUCGUCGUGAUCUGGUGUAAGCUCCCGGCUUACCUACCACCCUUCGUUUCGUCGUCAUCGUCGUUGCUUCGAGCAUCGAAAUCACGCUCAAGGUUUCUUGGCUGCGGGUGCGAAGGGAAUUGUUCCCUGUCGAAAGAAGAGAAGUCUCCACAACACUGCGGUGACAGCGAAGACGGCUGGCGUUGAACGUUUAUGCUGAUGGCAUGCUGAAAGUGAGUGAAUUCAUGAGCCGCGGAAAAACUUGUGUAAUACCCACUUGAUUUUUGUGUUCUCUUAAGGUAGAGUUUAUUGUUAUGGAAUGCUUGUUUUUGGGAAGGUGACUGUGAGUUUGUUUUCGUUGAAUAGUUGAAUCGUGGAUAACAUUGUUGCAGGUGGAAGGAAUUUCUGGUUUCAACUUUAAAUUCGUGUCGACAAAAAAGCUAAAAAAAUAAAAAAAUAACUCCCAACAUCCAUCAAUCGGGAUAAACCGUGAAUAAGCAAAGUCCGUCAGAGCCAGUGAUAAUCGGUUCGAUAACGAAACACGAGGCCGUCUUGUGGUGAAAGAAAGGUGUCAAAUCAAUCGACGAAAGCAUACCAAUAAAGGCACCCGAUACUGGUGCGAGUUUGUGUCUUGAAAAUCAGGUUCAAACGAAAAAAAAAUGUGAUCAAUUUCAUCUGGGUGGAGCCGUAAGAAGAAAAUGUUUUAUGAGCAAUCGCCGUCGUCGUCGUUGCAUAAGAAGCACAAUCCUCAUCAUCAUCAAGACCAGCAUCAUCGGUAUCAACGGUGGUCGUAGAGUAGUGUUGAAGAGAAAUAUCUAGGAUCCAGUCAGGUGCGGUGCGGGUCUGGCUUUCGCUGGCAGUCAGUGGCGCGUGCUGUUUGAUUGAAGCGCGAUCGCGCGCGCAUACCGCCACCGCCUGAGCCAUACGGUUGUGCAAUUAGUGCGAUACUGGAAGGAAUGGUAGAGAUGAUUUGCUAGUGAUAUUUGUUGAGUUCAUAUUUUUUUUUUCUGUUUUGCUCUGGAAAUUGCUUCUUACAGUGCGCAGAGGUGUGCCGGAAGAAGAAACGCCACGCCGACCGAUCGACCGCGGGUAGCACCCACGGUAAUUCAACCUGUUGUUGUGCCCCUAGCGCACCACUAGUGGAAAAUUAGGUGCAAUCAAAAAUAGCAUUAGAAAAGUGAAAAGUGCGAAGAAAAAAAAUGGGAAAAUCAAACCACCGAUUGAUACGGCUGAUUUGGCUGAUUGGAUUACAGUGCUUGGUGGUUGCAGUUUGUGCGGCGCAGAGCAGUUUAGAAGAUGUCUCGACAACAACCGCUGAAUCAAGUACGGUAGAAAACAAUGCCAUAAAAGCAGAAAGUUCCUCCUCGACCACAGUACCGUUAGCCGUUCUACCAUUAAGUAAAGACAACGAUAACCAAAAUGAUCCGAUUGCCAAAGAGAGCCCAGAAAGCACAACACUUAAGCCGUCCGAUGGCGGCAGUUUGAACGAUGAUGCCUCAGUGCCAUCACUGAUGGAAACAACAACUUCCCACUUGACCUCGUCCGAUCCCGUCGCGAAUGAGGUAAGCACCGAGUCAGAUGUUGCCACUAAGCAGCAGCCAAUCGGUGCGACCUCGAUCGAAAAAUCACCACAGAAACCGGUUUUGCUGCACGUUAAGACCCCCGAAGAGGUCAGCAACGAUCGAAAUCCGGCCAAACCACCUUCCAUACUGCAGCAUUUUCUUCCGGUCGGUGAAAGCUCGUCGGAAGAGUUGCUCAAAAUGAGUGACAUGAGAUCAUCGUCGUCUGCCGAAGCGACACUGGCUCCUCGUGGUCGUGCCAUUAAUUUUGGCUCCGCCGAUGGGCCAAUUAAUUUCGUUACAGCCCCCGACCUGGCAGCGGCUGGCGGCCACACCACCAAAGGCCCCACAACAGAAAUGCCGGCCACCACGAUAGACCAUGAGAAAAAGCAGCAUCAGACCGCACUGCCGGAACUGUCCGAUAUCAGUAUGGAGGACGAUGACGACGACGCCGAUGCGGAAGGUCAAUCGGAAGAGACGAAGCCAAAGGGCGCUGAGAAGAUGGACCACAACAAAAGCGUGAAACACAUGGCGGUCGUCGAUGAGUGCAUCUACAAUGGCGCCGAGUACAAGACGAACCAAACCGUGGACCGGGGCUGCGACGAGCGAUGCACCUGCGAGGAGGACGGUAAAUGGCGCUGCGAGCCACGUUGUGCAAGGCCGUUUAUCAAACGUGGAAAAACGCUACCGGAGGCCGGAUGCUACGAGAGCCCCUCCAAAACGGACGAUUGCUGUGCCACCCUGGUGUGUCCCUCGCAGCGGCUAACUGAUGGACGGUCAGAUCACGUGGAUGAAUCGACGGACAAGAUUCAAACGACGUCAACAGCGAUUGUGACCAGUUGCAUCUAUCGGAACCAGUCGUACGACGUGAAUGCCAAAGUUGAGAUGGGAUGCGACAAGAUAUGCACCUGCAACAGUGAAGGUGAACUGGAUUGCGCACCGCGGUGUCCUCCGAUGAACGAAACUAGAUCAGAACACUGUGUAACAGUGCCUGAUCCUAAUGAUGCAUGUUGCAACCGCGAGUUUUGCGACGUAAUUUUAGAUGAUCAUGAGCAGAACGCUGGUAUGAUGAUGAUGUCACCUUCGACGGCUGCUCCAGCCCCUUCGACAACCGCCGGUCAUGGUCAUGAGUUUAGCGGAGAAAUCGAUCAGUGUGAAUACAAAGGAAAGAUGUACACAAAGAAUCAACAAUUUCACGACGAAUGCAACUCGCUGUGUUUGUGUACGGACGCAGGUGUGCAUUGUGCCAAGAUUGAGUGUCCUUCCCAUUUUGGACUGGACGUCCUAGAUCCUCAUUGCCUGCGAUGGGAACCUGAACCUGCAACGUUCCGUGCGAUAGCGCCACGUUGCUGUCCAGAACGUAUGAGAUGCGUUGAAAAUGGGACAUGUGUGUUUAAAGGUCACAAUUUCGAUAACUGGUCUGAGAUCCCCAGUAACCUUACUGGAUGUGACCAACAUUGUUAUUGCGAAUCAGGCAAAGUCGAAUGUAGACCCGCAUGUCCUCCAGUUCCUGCUACACCUCCACCAAAUCUACCUUGUAAUCCUCGAAUGGCGAGACUGGCACCGCUGCCCGAUGAUGAUUGUUGUAAACACUGGACGUGUUCCAACGGAGAGCCAGCUAUCACCGGGAAUGAUGUGCUUAAACCUCUCCUUAUGCCCGAUACAAUCAAUCAGUUUCUCCCGACAAAGACACCGAAAAGCGAAAAAGGAGAGAAGCCGGAGAAAGAAUCGGAAACGUCAAAGGACAUCCCCCAAACCGUCCCAUUCUACCCGACCGUCGACGGAAAACCGCCGAAAGUCCCCCAGGAGAAACCCCAUAAGAAACAUCCUAAGGAGGAUUCUAAGAAGGAUCAUUUCAACAACAUCUACCCUGGCGGCGACACCUCUGGGCCAGGCGAUUACGGCCAGUACGGCGAUGGCCAGAAACCAGCAACCCUUGGUGUUCAGCGACCAGGCCCACCGGGAUACUACGGUCCAGAAAUCAAACCGGGCUACAACGACUACAACCCGUACAUCCACGUGAAAGGUCCACCGGGUUCGAUUCCGCUUCCUCCGGGCGGCCAAGUGCCUCAUCAUCCCCUCGACAAGCAGCAGCUGAUCAACGCCCUCGGUGGCAACGCACAGAACAUUCCACCGAACAUUCGCAUCGAGCAGCUUCUGCAGCAGAUUCAUGCCCAAUCAGAUCCCAAUCCCGGUCCCAUCCUGCAUGGUCAGAACAUUCCCUUCCAGCAUCCGGGGGCGGCCUCCGGUAACGGUAUCAACUACAACCAGUACGGUGAGCCGCUAGACAUUGGACUCGUACCGCACCAAAGACCUCAAUCACCACCGUCACCACCAACAGGACCUGGCCUCGGUUUCCCAUCCCUGCAAGCGGAUCUCAAGGUUCUCGCGUUGGAUGCCAUCGACCCGAACACCGUUCGUGUUAUCUUCAUCGUUCCGCAGGUUUACGUCGGCCUGCACGGUCGCGUCGAGCUACGGUACACUCGAACCCGAAACAACGAUACCACCACCUGGCAGUCGCAGGUGUUUGCCCCUCCGGAUGAUCUGAUCGCCACUUCACAGCUCGAAUUUGAGCUUCCUGGCCUAGAACCGAACACCGAAUAUCGAGUGAAAAUCACCCUGGUAUUGCGCGACGUGAACUCGCAACCUUCUAGUCAAAUCUACAAUGUCCGUACGCCGUCGGAUCGGAUUAUAACACCACCGCCAUUGAUCAACACCGACCUGCACUAUCCACAUCUGGGACAACCCACGAACUUCCUCAAGGAGAUCAUUCAAGAUCCGGUGCUGCAGACAAACGAUGUGAACGCCACAUGGGCUAAGGUUUCGUGGCGUAAGUUGGACGACGAGGAACUUGACUACGUAGAUGGUAUACAACUCCGAUACAAGGAAAUCGAUGGAAUGGUGUACGAUGCCACUCCACUGAUCCAUCGGGCGCUCAGCGAGUAUACUCUGGAAAAUUUGAAACCUCAAACGAGAUACGAAGUCGGCAUAUUCUUCAUUCCUUUCCCUGGACACGGUGAAGAAGUGCGGGCGGGAGAAAUGCUACAGUUCACCACGGCCCAGCGUGUCGACAUGUAUGGCUUUGAAGUGGUGGUGAAUGUUAGCAAAGUUAAGGCCAGCAGCGUCGAAGUUAGCUGGUCCGGUGUUCCAUACCCGGAGGACAAAUAUAUCAACAUCUACCGCGCCAUCUAUCAGAGUGAUAGCGGCAAGGAGGAUUCCAGUGUGUUCAAGGUUGCGAAACGAGAUUCAACGACAGGAACCCUUAUCAUGGAUCUUAAACCUGGUACAAGAUAUCGACUAUGGUUGGAAAUGUAUCUCACAAACGGAAGUAUCAAGAAGAGUAAUGUGGUGAACUUUAUCACCAAACCCGGCGGUCCAGCGUUACCUGGCAAGACAGGUAAAUUAUCAGUUGCCGGUGUGGACACCUCUCCUGGUGACUACUAUGGGCCAUUAGUAGUGGUAGCAGUCAUAGCUGCCCUAGCAGUCAUGUCCACUCUGAUAUUGCUGCUCAUCCUCACCAGACGGCGAGUACAAAGUGCCACGAUCACACCUCCUCGCAAGAACGAAGUGUCGUACGAUAAUCCUAGCUACAAAGUUGAAAUUCAGCAAGAAACCAUGAAUCUCUGAACCUGAUGCUCCAUCUGCUCCCGUACGACACAACAACGGUUUUAAUCUAUUUAUCUAGCCGCGACUGCCAUCGAUACCACAGGCACAUAAAUUUUGUAUAUUUAUUCUCCAACCGAAACGAUCCAACUUCCAAUUGUACAUAAGCUCGAAGCUAGUAGAAAACAUUUUCCAAUGCAUCACAGGUCUUGUAAAGGUCAAACGAAUCUCCGUCCUAGGAAGUAUCGCCACACCCCGUACUCUGUUAGUUGAAAUAACCAACCAUCCAAAGCAAAGCACCGCAGAACAUGCCAAAUAGAAGGCAAACACGUUGAAUUCCCAGUGACCAUUCCUUGUAGAGAACGUAAAAAGAAACAAAUUACUCGAAGCACCUUCGAACGACGAUUAACGAAUGUGUGAAUGUUGCGAAUGUGUUUUUGUACUUUUAUAGGUACAUUUUUUCCGAUCCCAGUGUAAGGUUGGAUCUGAUCUUAGUUCAAGACUGUACAUAUUUAUUCUUAACUACGACAUUUUAAGCUUUUUCGAAGUAGGUAAAUACUUGUAUGAUCUUUUAGGAGGACCUUUUUAUGUAAAUAAGAGAUUUAUUUUUAAAUA